AUAAACAGGAGUUGCCAUUAAACAAUAUAACAUUACAGCAUCCCCAAGGACUCUAAAACAAAUUUACCAUGGAUGAAGUCAAGCUGGCUUGUACAAGCUCAGAUGAAAGUGAAGCCCAGGAGGUCAGGACUCAAAUGGACAGCCUCCCAGACCUCCACAAGCAAAUCCAACAGCUGCUCCGCACCAGACUUAGUGACGCUUCCUUCAUGGAGAGGCAAGAAGAGCUGAGACUCAUGCAGAGGAGCUCGUUCUACUUGGAAAUCCGACGCCACAACCUGUCCCCGCCUGCGGAUGAGCCGCAGGACCCUUUGCAACUCUCUGACAGCAUCGUGUGGACUCUCAUUGACAAGCAGAGGCUGCAGAGUGCCAAAGCCCUGGCAAAGACCCGGGUGACGUUCCUCCUUACUCUUCAGGAACUGCUCUACGAGGAGCUCAUUGAGGCUUGUCGGGAGCUGAAGGCCUUCAAUGACCAGGGUUUGGCGGACGGCGACACGGCAGCACACGUGCAGCAGAGGCUCCUGCAAACCCACCAGGACUUGAACGACUUUGAGAGCAGAAUGACUCGGAAUGCGGCCACGCUGCACCUGCGGAACCAGCUCAUCCCCAACAAAGUCCAUUCCUCCAGAAUAAUUCUCAGGGCAUCACUGAUCAUCAAGUUGCCGGUGAUGUUCAACAGAUUGAAGUCGUGCGUGACAUCCAACAUCGUGCAUCUGCAUUGGGAAGUUGCAGACAUGCAGUCCGAAGACCUGAACCAAGAGUUUAAAAUCCAUGUCAAAAGCCUUCACCCAACCUCUGCUGAGAAAGAGGAAGUUAGUCAAUCUGUAUGCAAGUCGUACGACGUACAGGUCAAAAACCUAAAACCUAACAGGUACUAUGAGUUCUCUGUCCGGAGAGUAGAUAUCAUAACCUUAGUGUCCAGACAGUGGACUGACACCAUCAUCCUGGCGACGUUUCCAAAUAAGAGUGAGAUGACAUCCUGUAUUAAAGAAAAAGAUAUUUGACUGGCUUUUAAUGCAAAUAAAAUAAUCUGUAAUGAAUUGAAAACUUUGUGAAGUGCAAUUUAAACUGCUUGGUCCAAAUUCUGACCCACAUGAUCUAAUUAAAUGGGGGCUAGUGUGCUUAGAACCGAGGU